AUGAUGUCCAAAGAACUUCGGGAUGUACUCAUUUAUGCUUUACAAAAUCCCGAGCCCUUUUAUGCUCAUUUUGCUGAGGUGAAUAUGAAAGAGGCGUUAUACGCUAAACAUGUCGCCAAUGUUAUCUUCACUGAUGAAGACAUGUUGCUGGGAACUGCUCAUCACAAUAGGCCGUUAUAUGUGACUGGGACGAGUGAUGGAGAUAAGAUUAAUCGCAUUUUAAUCGAUCCUGGAUCCUCAAUCAAUAUCUUGACUUUAAGAACUUUGAAAAGUUUAGCUCUGAAUGUCGAUCAUCUGUCCUCGGAGAAAAUCGUGAUCCAAGGCUUUAAUCAACAUAGCCAAAAAGCUCUCGGGUCGAUCAUUCUUCCUAUAAAAUUUGGAGCAUUACGGACCGAAGCAAAAUUUUAUGUGAUAAAUGCAGAUACCUCGUAUAAGGCGUUAAUGGGACGGCCUUGGCUGCACGAAUAUAAUGUUGUCCCCUCUACUCUUCAUCAAUGUAUGAAAUAUAUUAAGGAUGGAGAGGAAUUCAGAGUUGAUGGUGAUAUACGCCCAUUCGGAGUGCAUGAGGUACGAUAUGAAGAUGCGAGAUAUUUCGCAGAAUCUGAAAAAGAUAUAAAGUUGUCUCGUGAACUCGAAGAGGGUAAAGUUCAGAGUGAUAAAAAAUCAUCAAAAGGGAAGAUAAAGAUUGAGGAUAAUAAAAAAAAUGCGAUUCCACACUUCGGAAGUGAUUCAGAAGAUUCUGAUGAUGAAGAACAAGUAAGGAAAAUGUUGGAAACAUUUUCUUUCAAGUUGAACAUGCCCUGGGGAGAAGACUCAUCAGAAGAUGAAGAGAUGUGCUCGACAUCUGAGUCAAAUAUGUUCAUAAGAACUCCUGAAUUGAUUGAGGAUUCCUUAGCUAUUACUAGGGUUCCAGAUGGAUAUAUAAAAUCUCUUCAUAUAAGCGAGCCAACAAAAGUGAAUGAUCUAAAAACCUUCUUUGUACCUCCUCAAGUCGAGAAAGUUAAAGGAAAAGAAAGAAUAAAGAAGGGGAUCCUUUUCUAUAAGUCAGAUGAUUAUAAACCCUCUGAUCUUAUCAAGCUUGAUAACUCUGAUGAAGAAAUAUAUGAAGAUGUCAACAUGCCAAAAUACUUUUCGAAGAAUCUCAAAAACAUGAUGAAUAGAUCGGGAAUUCCUGCAAGAAGGUCACGAGAUAAUCGAAAUUUUUUUCAGAAAAUGUGGAAUCCACCACAAAAAAGAGUUGUACUUCCGAAUGGGCGAACAGUACACACAAGAGGGUUAGGAUAUCAUCAAUCUACCCAGGUGUCCAAUAAAUCUCAGUGCUCUUCUGAGAAAGGUCAGCUCAAUCCCUCACCUCCUAUGACAGAGAUGACCUAUAAUGAUUCAUGUGCUAUACGACACACCUGCACUAUGAUCACGAUAAAGGAUAUGGAGCAGGAUGAGGAUAUCGAGCCACUGAAAGCAAAACUUCUGGAAUUAAAAGAUGCUCCACAAGAGCUUGAAGACGGGGGGCAAGCCACCGUUGAUAAGCUUAUAGAAAUAAAUUUGGGUAAUGAAGAGGAUCGAAGACCCACUUAUAUUAGUGCAUUACUUCCAGAAGAAGAUCAAGAUGUGUUGAAAGCACUAUUGAUGGAAUAUAAAGACUUCUUUGCUUGGACGUAUAAAGAAAUGCCUGGCUUAGAUCCAAGUGUGGCUGUUCAUAAACUUGCCAUUAGUCCAGAUGUGGCUCCAGUUAAACAAGCUCCAAGAAGGACAAGAGUUGACUUAGAAGAACAGAUCAUAACUGAGACUAAAAAGCUUAUUGAAGCAGGGUUCAUCAGAGAAGAAAAAUAUGCUGACUGGAUCACGAGCAUAGUCCCAGUGAAAAAGAAGAAUGGUCAAAUUCGCAUAUGCGUUGACUUUCGAGAUCUGAAUAAAGCAUGUCCAAAGGACGAUUUUCCACUGCCAGUCACCGAACUAAUGAUCGAUAAUACUUCAAGUUACGAGAUGUUUUCGUUCAUGGACGGUUCCUCUGGAUAUAACCAGAUAAAGAUGGCACCUGAAGACGAAAAACACACUGCUUUUAGAACUCCAAUUGGCAUAUACUGUUAUAAGGUUAUGCCCUUUGGUCUGAAAAAUGCAGGAGCCACUUAUCAAAGGGCUAUGACAAUAAUUUUUGAUGAUUUGCUCCACAAGGUUGUUGAGUGUUAUGUUGAUGACUUGGUGGUCAAAACUGUGAAUAAAGCAAAUCAUUUUGAAGACUUGAGAACAGUUUUCACCAGAUUAAAAAAAUAUAAUCUGAAAAUGAACCCUCUCAAAUGUGCAUUUGGAGUUUAUUCGGGCAAAUUCCUUGGGUUUAUUGUUAGACAUAGAGGAAUUGAAAUCGACCCGGCAAAAAUCAAGGCUAUCAUGGAAUUGCCACCUCCAAAGAAUUUGAAGCAAUUAAGAUCCUUUCAAGGAAGAUUGGCCUAUAUCAGAAGGUUUAUAUCAAAUCUAUCUGGCAGAAUUAAACCGUUUUCCAAAUUGGUGAAAAAGGAUGCGCCUUUUAUAUGGGAUGAUGAUUGUCAAACAGCAUUUGACGACAUUAAGAAAUAUUUAUUAAGUCCUCCAGUGCUUGCUGCCCCUAUUCAUGGCAGGCCAUUAAUUUUAUACACUGCUGCGCUUGAAGGAUCGCUGGGUGCACUCCUUGCUCAAAAUAAUGAAGAAGGAAAGGAAAGCGCUUUAUAUUAUCUCAGCAGGAUGUUGGUGGGGGCAGAAAACUUUUACUCGCCAAUUGAAAAGCACUGUCUAGCCCUUAUAUUUGCGGUUAAGAAAUUAAGGCAUUAUAUGUUGGAGCAUAAAAUCCACUUAAUUUCGAGGGUGGACCCACUUAAAUUCUUAAUGACAAGACCAGUUUUGACUGGAAGGUUGGCAAAGUGGGCUGUUAUACUGCUGGAAUUUGACAUCACUUAUGUCCCACAGAAAGCCAUCAAAGGUCAAGCACUUACUGAUUUCUUAGCUGCGCACCCAAUUCCAGAUGACUCACCUUUGGUCUGCGAUUUGCCCGAUGAGCACAUCAUGUUUGCUACGGACGACCAACCCUAUUGGAAAAUGUAUUUUGACGGUGCAUCCUCAAUUCAACCAGCUUUCAGUCCAAAUAUCCCUAAGAUUAAGGCCGGGAUAGGGUUAAUCUUUGUAACACCUGAAGGAGGCAUUUUAAGAUACUCAUUAGCCCUUUCUGAACCUCGCACAAAUAAUGAGGCUGAAUAUGAAGCUCUUAUUGCAGGUUUAGAAAUUGCGAUCCAGUUGAACAUACAAAAAUUGCAUAUCUUCGGAGACUCCCAAUUAAUCAUCAACCAAGUUGAAGGGGAGUUUAAAAGUACAUAA